AUGCCAAAAAGUCGUCUCUUUUACAUCCGAGAUGAGAACUCCGGCUACUUGUUUUUAGUGGACACUGGGGCACAAAUUAGUGUAAUACCAGCCAAGCCUAAUAUGUUGACUAGAAAGACAGAUUAUACGUUACAAGCGGCGAAUGGAUCUUCACUCCAGACAUAUGGUGAAACCUCUUUAACCCUAAAUCUGGGAUUUAGGCGAUCUUUUCCGUGGGUAUUCACGAUAGCCCAAGUUCGAACCCCAAUCCUAGGAGCGGAUUUCCUCGCCCACUUUAACUUGUCCGUUAAUAUGUCUUCCCUUUCUUUGGAGGAUAAAACGACCAACAUUACAAGGAAAGGAAUUACAUCUAUUUAUACGAGCACAUAUAUCAGCGCAACUGUACCUGAAGCCAACGGAAUGCAGGAUCUGUUACAAAAAUAUUCUCAAAUUACAACACCAUUCCGGUAUACAGAAACCGUUCGUCACAAUGCUGAGCACCACAUUGAUACUACGGGACCACCCACGCAUUCAUCUCCACGGCGAUUGAGGCCUGAUAAAUAUAAACUGGCGAAAGACGAGUUUCAGCACAUGCUGGACCUCGGUAUAAUUAGACCUUCUUCGAGUCCUUACUCAUCUCCUCUUCAUAUGGUUCAAAAACCGGACUCAGGAGCUUGGAGACCUUGUGGCGAUUUCCGGAAGCUGAAUGCUACUACAAUUCCGGAUAAAUACCCCAUCCCGCACUUGCACGAUUUCGCAGUGGGUCUGCAGGGCGCCACAGUCUUCACCAAACUUGAUCUGGUGAAAGCAUUCCACCAGAUACCAGUGGCCAAGGAAGACAUCCAUAAAACAGCAAUAACUACUCCUUUUGGCUUAUACGAAUUUGUGAGAAUGCCAUUUGGUUUAAGGAACACUGCACAAUCUUUCCAACGGCUUAUAGACGAAGUGCUGAGAGGUUUACCUUUCACCUUUGCCUAUAUUGAUGACGUCCUGAUCGCCAGUAGAAACAAGACUGAACAUCAUGAAGUCCGGUUCCUCUUUAAAUAUCUGGGCUCUGGUUCCUAUUUCUCAACCUUCCCUUAUUUUCAAUUCCCGGUCGGCUAUCCCUAUCUCUCCCAAGUCUCAACCUGGGUGCUGACAAUAGGGGCUACCCUAGGCCAGCUUCUUUUGGGUCUUUCCUUGGGUGGAUUGGAGACUGGUCCUCUCGACCUCCUUGCCUCUCCCUUUCCACUCUCAUUACCCUUUUUCUCCGGACAGUUAUUCUCAAGUGUCCAACCUUUCCACAUUGCCAACAGCUUCGCCAUUUACAGUUGGCUGAAAAAUGUCCAGCCACACCGCAUGUCCAGCACUUCAGAGUCCGUACCGUCCCGGAGUGGACUUAUAAAAUUCGUACCGUAUAUCUCAUUUCUUCCGCUUGGAGUCGGCCUCGGACUCCCAAUCAUUCUCUUUCGCGUCCUUACGGGGUUUUAUGUUCAUUACCCCAUUCCUGGGGCCCUUCUCUGUACUUUUCCAAACCCCGGGUCUUUGUGUUUCCUGGUCUCUGCCAUUUCUUACCCUCUCCCAGAUCCUCUUAUUAUUUUAGCUACCGCUAGGACCUCCGUCAGCCUACAGGGCCCAACCUUAAGGACGUCACCUCUCACGUCAUCACGGAUGGCGUCCAUGAAAGUGUCCGCUAACAACGCCUGA